AUGUUUUCUCAAGGGGACCAGAUCAUUCAGCAGCUGAGACAAUAUGACGAAGCCAAACACCAACUUCGUCAACUGCAAUCAAGCAGUUUUUCAAAUGACCCUGAGGUAACUCGCCAAAUUCCCCUAGCACCCAGUUACACGGAACAGGGAGAGAACCUCGCCAACAACGGGGGAAAUUACACUUCGCUGAAGAUACUCAACAAACGACCCCAUUAUGUUCCGCCAAUCAACUUUGCAAUUGUUGAAGACGGCAUUUACAGAUCUGGUCAUCCACAGCCGAACAACUUCCAGUUUCUCAGUACCUUGAAGUUGAAGACUAUAAUAUAUUUGGGCGACAAGACAGAUAACUAUGAUUAUUACAGGUGGAUCAAGGACCAGGAAGUUUCUUUCAAAUAUCUGAAAAUGAAGCCAAGCGUGGAACCAUUUAUGUACAACGACGAGAACUCGUUGGUCUCUGCCUUGAACCUGAUUGCCAACGUUGAUAACUACCCCAUAUUGAUACAUUCGAACAAGGGAAAGCACAGAGUUGGCGUUUUUGUGGGAUUGAUGAGGAAAUUGCUACAGGGCUGGUGUAUGAGCGGAAUAUUCGACGAAUACGGUAAGUUUGCUGGUGAAAAGGGAGAAGGUGAUUUGGAGUUUGUGGAGAUAUUCAAGCCGGUAUUGAGAAUUGAUCCGCAGAAGAUCCCAGGUUUUGUGAGGAUAUGA